AUGACCGGCUACAGCUCACUUCUGGUCAACUACCUAAUUCUUAUCCCUGAUUUGGCGCUGUGCCAGUCAGUCACGUACGGCCAUAAUGUGAUUAGGCCACCCACCGCCUGGCCAUCCCAACAGUCCCAACAGUCCAACAGUCCCAACAGUCCAACAGUCCAACAGUCCCAACAGUUCCAACAGUCCCAACAGUCCAACAGUCCCAACAGUUCCAACAGUCCCAACAGUCCCAACAGUCCCAACAGUCCAACAGUCCAACAGUCCCAACAGUCCCAACAGUCCCAACAGUCCCAACAGUCCAACAGUCCAACAGUCCAACAGUCCCAACAGUCCCAACAGUCCCAACAGUCCCAACAGUCCCAAAAUGGGAGCGCGGGCUGGGCAGAUGAGGCUGACAGUAGCAGAGGAAGAGGAGAGGCCUCCAGAGACUUUGCUAAGCUGUAUGAACUGGAUAAUGACCCCAAGAGGAAGGAGUUUUUGGAUGACCUCUUCACCUUCAUGCAGAAAAGAGGAACUCCAGUCAAUCGCAUCCCCAUUAUGGCCAAGCAGGUCCUGGAUCUGUAUAUGCUGUACAAGCUGGUGACGGAGAAGGGAGGCCUGGUGGAGGUUAUCAACAAAAAGAUCUGGAGAGAAAUCACUAAGGGACUCAACCUGCCUACCUCCAUCACCAGUGCAGCUUUCACUCUGCGCACACAGUACAUGAAAUACCUGUACCCGUUCGAGUGCGAGAGGAAAGGCCUCAGCUCCCCAGGUGAGCUCCAGGCUGCCAUCGACAGUAACCGACGAGAGGGUCGUCGUCCGAGCUACAGCAGCAGCCUCUUCCGCUUCUCUCCCUCUCCCAGCACAGCUCCACACAUCCUCUCCCCUCCCAAGAUUCACCUCUCAGCUCUGGCUGCGGGGGCCCUCAACGGCCUGCAGGUCUCACCAGGGUCCUCUCUGAAGAAAGACGACCUGACCACCUCCAUCCUGGCAGGGAGACCCUCCAUGGCACUGGCCCUGGGUCACCACCAGGUUGCCGGUUUGGCACGAGCCGCUACGCUGGAGCAGCUGAGGGAGAAGCUGGAGACCGGAGGAGAGGGGCCAGAGAGGAAGAUGGCCCGCAUGGCGGAAGAGCAGCAGCGCCUGAUGCAGCAGGCUUUCCAACACAACCUGCUGGCCAUGGCUUCCCAGAUGCCCAUGAACCUGCGCCCGGGAAACCCCACCAUCACCACCAGAGAAGAGAAGCAGCAGGACAUGUCUCUGAGCAUCUCGACCAAUGGAAACGCCAGCAUCACCGUCUCAGUGGAAGUCAACGGAACAAUCUACUCAGGAACCCUGUUUGCCCAGAGGUCUGGGGGGGCCCCGGGGCCCGUUAUGUCGGCUUCUGCUGUUUCAGCCUCCCCCGCUGGAACCAGCACUAGCUUUGGCUUCUCGGCACCCAUGGCUCAGACCCUCAGCCCCGCGUCCUCCUCCUCCUCCAAGGGUCCCAGCUCGGCCGAGCCGGCCCCCAGCGGGUCGCCCUAACUCAGGCCGGCCCUUUGUACCUGCUCCCCAGGCCUCUCUUCCACCGGGAGGCCCUGCAAGAAUAUUCAGUACAAUGAGAAACCGCUAAGAAUACCAAACUGUUGCACAACAAAUACCUCAUCAACCCUGUCGACCUCUUGGCUGUCCAAUCAUGAACACAGAGCCCGAGAAUAUUAUAUGACAGCACGUGCCCACAACGCACAGCUAUGCAUUUUAUUCAACACACAAUCACAUACACGCACUACACUACAAACACACACACAAUGAUACGUAUACACACAUCUACACACUUGUUAAUCCUAAUGUACAUGCUAAACACAAUCAGCUCAGCCAAAACCCACUGACAGGUGUCGUCACAACUGAACUUGAAAAGUUUUAUCUUAGGACAUUUUUGUUUGUUUGUUGCCAUUUUGUUGUCUUUUUGAUUUUGUGUUUUUAGAAUGAUUUUUGUUUUUAGUUUUUCUCUUUUUACAUACCUCAAAUCAAGUAACCUGCAGUGGUGUCGUUACCUCAGGAGCUGUAGUAUAUUUAACCUGAAUCAACUUUAUUUUUAUAUUCUUUUUGACCUAGUUGCAAUCAGGGGAAGUCGGGUAACUCACCACAGGAACCUCAUGUACAGAGCAGCCACCUCACAGUGACGGGCCUCCGACCCGGGCCGCUCGGGUCUCUUCAACAACACUGUAGACUCCUGCUGAGCUCAAACGAGCAAAGGAUCAGAUGCUGUAGAUCAGCACAUUAAAUACACAUUUCAUACCUCCGCCCUCGGUUCAGAUCAUGUUAAAGUCCACGAGUGAUUUCACCAAACUAUAAACUCUCACUAGCAACGCAGUGGAUUUUAAAAUCCACCUAAAAUCCAACUUAUUGCAGAUCCGCACAAACUGUCUUUAAACGUGUAGCGCACAAAGUGGGGGAACAAUAACUCUAAUCCAGCAGAGCUCGUUUCUCCACCCGGCUCCUGCCUGUGUGACAGAAGUAAUACACAAUCAGGUUUGAGUUUGUUGACCCCUCCCCCCCUUCGAUUUGUUUGUGCAUCCUUCCUCCAGCCACAAGAGCUGCAUGUCAAUCCGACAAUGCGUGGUUCUCCGACGUCUCUCUCAGGAAGCAAUGUGACAACUGCAAGGAAUCGCUGUUCAUUUAAAGAAAAGGGAUUCAUACCUGAAGAAUGCACAAGUCUACGUGACUGUUCAAGAAUACCUCAUGAGACUCUCUCAAAAGGAGAGCUACACUACAUACCUCAUACCGGCUGCGAAGCCAUCAAGACUUGUCGCCACAGCCCGUGAUGGAAAUCCUACCUGAACUGAAGCUGACGUGAACGUACUGACACACCGCUGGUGGUUUUUGGGGACAAACAGAACUGGGAGGGGCUCUCGCUCUCCUCCUGUGUUCACUUAUAUAACUUGUUUUAUGCUUGCUUCUGUUUCCUUUAUUUUCUUUUGGUUCCUCAAGUUGUUGUCCGAGAAGAGUGAUAUAUCUGCAUUCAGGGAAGAGGAAGAGAAUAGUUAGUUCCUCACUGACACGUGUAGAUUUGUAGGAUUGUCAACCGGUUUCAAGGUCGCAGGGGUCAAAACAAUGAGAAACAAUCGACCGUGUUAACCUUAAAUUUGACUGCGAACACUUAAAUCGUAAUCAACGUGUCCUUUUUCACGACAGCGGCAAAAUGAUAUGCAUGUGUACAAUCAUGACCAGUGUUUUAACAGCUUAAUCUUCUGGUUCACGUUAGCCUCUGGUUAUUGCACAGCUAGAUACCAAAGACUAGCCGAGUCGCUCCUCUUGGUUGAUCCCUCGUACAAUCCUGCCCACCGCUGCGGCGCCGCACAGCAAGGCAAAGAGAAGGUCGCGUCUCAUUUAAUCUGAUUUUGAGUUUUUAUCCUAAAGCAAGUGAAAAUAUCUUUAAGUGAGGAAGUAAAUGCACAUCUUACGGCAUGAGUUGAAUAUAUGAAAUAUGAAAACAAUAAGAAGUAAGACUCAAAAUCUGAUGACUUGUACGGACGUUGUUGUAAGUUCUGUUAUGCAGAACAGUGCUGAGGCUUUCCUGUGCGAUCUGCUUAAUUUAAUCCUUUACAUUUACGGGCUCUUGCUUUUGAACCCAGUGUGGCCCCUUUAUUCAAACACCCCCUCCCUGAUGAUCCACAAACAGCUGGAUUACCCCCCAACUGUAAGGUAUUUUUCUACCUUUUUUAAAGUAAUACCACAAAGGAUGAAAAACAAAUGUUCCAGCUGUAUGUGUUGAAUGUGAAGCAUUUGAAGUGUUUAGAAACCUCUGAGCCCGGAGCGAUCUGAGGUGGGCAGCCUUGUUGCUUUCAUUAGACUGUAUGUUACUCAGUACCCGUCAGGUUUUGCAGUGCAGAUCACAGUUGAGGGUUUGAGGACGGUGCCGGAGGUCCUGCAGGUGUCCCCUUCAGAUCCCCGUAUGACACAGAACUGUAUUUUAUAAAGAGAAACUGUAGAUGCUGCCUUAAAGUAGUUGCCGGUGAGAUCUGUGCAGUUUUCUACUCGGCUGGCUGCAAAAUGUCUUUCUCUUCAAGCUUAAUCCUUUGGAGAAUAUUCACUUUUUAUUUCUUUGCUAAACAAUUCAAUCACAUGUUAGACGCCAGUUGUCAUUCAUGCCGUUGGCAACAACUGAGUUUUGCUAUUUAUUUGCGUUUUUGUUUUUUUUCGUCCUGGUGAAGCUUGUUUUUAGUAACGAGUUUAAUCCUUUAGGCUGCUUUACUGAAACAUUUAUUUUUUCCAGGCUCUGUUUCAUCUGCCUAGUCUAAGCAUUGACCGUUUGAUAGUGUAGCUUCACUGCCUUUGAAUGCAUGUGUGUGAAUGUGCAAGCUGGUUCAGUAUGUGGCAUGUGGACAACCCCACGUACGUACACUUGUAAUACUCUUAGGGAGACUGGCGGUGGCGCCACUGCCACGUCGAUUAUAUCACAGGGAGAUUAAUGACGUUUUUAACUUAAAAGGUGAAGUUCUCUGCAACAGUAGCCUCCUUUACAUCCACGCAGUUAUCAUCCUGUUCUCUGAGGAGCUGCCCGUUACACCCACAGUCAUACUUCUGCUGUUGAAUGGCACUUUGCUGUUCGUUUAGGGAGAGGAGAGUUUCCAGGGUUCGUCUUUAUCUUCUCUGAUCGCUGGCCUUCACAUCAGCAGCCCUCCUGUCACCUCACGAACCUCCAAGCUCUUGUCACCUGAUUUGCUGUGUGGAUGAUGUUGUGUGUGUGUGUGUGUGUGUGUGUGUGCGUGUGUGUGUGUGUGUGUGCGUGCGUGUGUGCGUGUGUGUGUGCGUCUAUUAGAGACCGCCCCUACCUCGUCAUACCACAAUACCUCAGGGCAGUGGGCUGCAGUCACUGCUGCGUUCGAUAUUGAAGCUGUGAGGGACGAGUACUGACGGACGCUGCGCCGAAUGCAACGUUGAUUUUGGUUUUGCAUUUUUAGGAUUUGUGUCGUCAGUAACUGUCGGCGAGGUCUCGUCACUCAGGAAGCUGUGAAGUUGGAAGUCUGCAGAACCUUUUGUCUCUCAGAUGAUUUUGGAGUUGAUUCAGUUUUAAAUUGUUUAAAAACUAACCUGAUCUGUGUAAAAACAGGCGCAUAUGCAAGUGGUUAUCGAAUACCUCAUUUAUCAAUUUUAUGUUGUUGUUUUUGGCUUGUACAAUGCUCCGUAUAUUAAUUCAACUGUGGGGUUUGUGCAUAUUUUUGUACUGUUAUUAUUAUUAUGGACAUGGUAAUAAUGAUAUUACUGAUAUUAUAGUUUUCUCUUUGAUUAAAGCAAACAAAAAAAUAGGACAAAACACAUGAAUGCUUGUAAAAACUGGUUUGUGCUGAUUGUAUUUAAGAGGAGCACUUUUCCAAAGUGGUUUUCACACAUUCAGUUUUGUUCAUAUUAGUAAUAUAAAGAUAUGGUUCUCAGGGCUUUAAACUUGUAUGUCAUGAUAAAGUUUUACUUUAUAUCUUA